UAGUGGGCCCAUUCCCGUUAAAAUCGGUUGUGGUGGUUGUGCACUGUGGUGGGCCCAUUCCAAUUUCCAGCCAAUCAUGCUUGCCGCUCGCUCGCCAGAGCUCCGCCGGCCGCCGGCGCCGCUGAUUCGCCGCCUACUUCGCUCCUCUCUCCAGAAAUACUGGCGGCGCCACUGCAGCAAGGUCACGGCACACGCGCGGUUAUGUCUGCCUAGUUGCCGCCCGGAGACGGGAGUCCGGGACGAGGAGAAAGCGAACAAGGUAGCGCAGCUGCAGCCGGAAAUGGCAGAGCACGAGGUAUGAUCACGGAGACGCCAUGAACCCUCAAACCGUGUUGAGAGAGAGAGAGAGGCAUGAAUGCCCGGACUGGAUUUCGGCGGGGCGCGCUCUUACGGUCUGUGGCCUGUGUGCUGUGCCGGCAGAAAGGCAGGUGCGUGAAAGGUGUUCGCGAAAAUGUCGCUUCCCACUUCAACCUCCUGGAAGGGCCAGGACGCAGGCGACGCACUCAUCUUGCCACCCCAUCAGCACGGUGAGCACCUUGUUCGGCUGUUUUAGCAUGGUGCGCAGUGUGCUGCAAAACCUGCAAGUGACCCCAAAUUGGAUUGGUAGUCCGCUGGCGCCACUGUGUCAGUGUCCAUGGAAUGGCUCUGCAGAGCUGGUGCUAUGGUAAAUUCCACAAGAAGCAGUCAACUGUCCCCGGAGAUGGUGCUGUGAUAUUGUAGCGAGACCGACGUGUUUGUGGAAAUUCGAUAACCUGCCAGAGUGCCAGAUUUUCCGUGGCGAUGAGAGCCCAGCCAGUUUUGCUUUGCUCUGUUUCAGUCUCCGCUUUCAACAGAAUUUGGUACCACUCGUGCAAGUCAACAGCUGGGAUGUGACAUGUGAAACCACAUCUGUGGAACUUUCAGUGCCUGACGACUGGGUCGCUGGUGGAAGAUCGUUUUUUCUGAACUUGUUGCUUUCUGUUCACAGUCAAAGUCAGUAGCCUAACUUAUAUCUUUUGAGAAAUUUUAGCUUCCAGGUACUUUGGCUUCAUUUCAAGCUCGGCCUUCUUCUGGACCUCUAAGGUAAAUCUGCGAGGAAACCAAUCCCAAAGAGCAUGGCACUCUGGAGUGCUGUGGGUCAGGUGGCAAGCAUCGCGCAGCUUGCUGGGGUCGAUGCCUAUGGGCUCAUCUCCAUGAUCGUGGAGGCCGCAAAGAUGGUCAAGAGGAACCGGGAGACCUGCCAGCUGCUGGCACGCCGUGCAAGGAUGAUUGGGGACCUUCUACAGCAGCUCGAAAGGACACAACUGAUGCACCACAUGGAGACGAGGAACCCAGUGGAGCAUCUGGAGGAGACGCUUCGGCAUGCGUAUGUUCUCAUCACAUCCUGUCGUGACAGUAGCUACCUACACAACUUCUGUAUGGGAGGGAAGCAGGCUGAUCAGCUUCGUGAGGUGCAGAAUGAGAUCACCUUCUACCUCCAACUUUUCCCCCUUGUCAGCUUUGUUGACAACACCCGUACCUGGGAGCGGCUUCUGAGUAGAGCUUGUCCUUUGUGCACAAGGGAAAUCACAGAUGAGUUACAUGCAGCACAUCAUGUGGAACAUGAAGAUAGGCUCAGAUCAGAGGCCCUCAAGGCAACUAAAUUCCAAAAUCUAGGAAGUCAAACUCCCCUAAAACCUGACGAAGAGCAAAUGGAAGGCCAAGUCAUCAACAUGGGAGGAUUAGUAAAUCUCAUUGGUGGUGCAAAAGGAGCAGAGUUAUCAUGUUUUAGUUUCUCUCAGAUUUUGGCUGCUACAGACAACUUUUCAGAGAAAAAUUUGCUGGGAAAUGGUGGAUUUGGUCAUGUUUACAGGGGCAAUCUAAUUGAUGGUCCUAACUUUGCCAUCAAAAGACUCGAUACAUCUUCAUUUCAAGGUCCACAUGAGUUCAGAACUGAGAUUGAUGUCAUUCCAAAUCUUCGACAUAAGAACAUAAUUGAUCUACUUGGGUAUUGUGUUCAAGGAGAAGAACACAUACUUGUCUAUGAGUAUAUGUCAAAUAAAUGCUUGGCAUCUAUCAUUGCUGAUGAAACAAAAAGGGAGCUGCUAAUAUGGUCCAAACGUCUUCAAAUAAUCAAAGCCAUAGCAGAUGCUCUUGCUUUUCUACAUGGGCAUUCUCAGAUGUGCAUUGUCCACAGGGACAUAAAAGCAAGCAACAUCCUGCUGGACCAUGAAAUGAAUGCUAAGAUUACUGAUUUUGGUCUGGCAUUAAUGUUGGCUCCAAAUACGACUGCAGAGGUUGCUGUUAUGGGCACAUAUGGCUAUGCAGAUCCUGAAUAUAUUGCAACUGGAAACAUCUCGGAGAAGGCAGAUGUAUAUGGCUUUGGUAUAGUACUUUUUGAGACAAUAAGUGGAAGGUUGAUCCAUUCUUAUAUGAAUACGGAGGGCACUCGAAGGCUACCGCCCCCUUCUUACGCACACAAGUACGACCGAAAGAAACUGCACAAGCUUGUUGAUCCAUUGAUGUGCGUGAACAAGCAUGAAUGGGAUCAGAUUGUCGAAUGUGUGAGGGUGGCACAGUUAUGUGUUCACCAUCUUGCCAAGCAUCGGCCUACCAUGUCAGAAGUUGUCACCAUGCUUGGCAGCAUCAAGGUGUCACAGAGGGCACAUGGUAAAUAAUAGGGCAGUGUAUUAGAAAUACUAAAUCUGGUUGAAGCUUUGGGGAAGAGCCACAAAGGGAUAGUUGUAAAUGCUGAAAGUGUCAACUGAUGAGCUACUCAACUAAGGCCUUCUUUGGCUGCCCUAGGCUUUGUAUGGAGAUAUAAUAUGUACGUUAUUACUCCCUCCAUCACAAAUUAUAAGUCAUUCAAACUUUCUUGGACAGUCAAAGCAUCCCAAGUUUGACAAAAUUUAUAUAAUAAAACAAUAACAUUUAUGAUACCAAAUAAGUACCAUUAGAUUCUUUAUUAAUAUUAAAACCUAUUAAGUUAAUGUCAUAAUUUUUUAUAAUUCUCUAUAUAAUUUGGUCAAAUUUGAGAUAGUUUGACUCUCGAAGAAAGUUAGAAUGACUUAUAAUUUGGAAUGGAGAGGGAGUAUGAUUUUGUAAACAUCACAGAGAUUAGUCACAGUAAAAUAUUUGGCAAGUUAGCCAGAGCAA